AUGGCAGCCUCAUCUGAUUCCACAUCUUUGUCAAUUUCAUCACCGAGCAACGAAAAUCUUAUGGAUAAUUAUGUGAAAUCAAUUGUUUUGAUGUUAAAAAGAGUAAAAGAUUUCAACAAAUUAUUUUCACAAUCUCUCGAAGAAAACAGAAAACUGGCUAAAGAUUUAUGGAAUUUGAUAGCUCGAUAUAAUAUAAUACAAAGUAUUGCGAAUGAUCCUUACCCAGAAAUUCAAAAGGAAGAACUUCUUUGUGAAAUGAUUGUAACCAUUCAAGAAACAUCAAAUUCAAUUUAUUUAUCAAUGAAAAAUAUAAGAAACGAGCUUAAUAAUCUCAACCAGCUGCUUCGUGAUCUUCAGAGUAAUUCGCUUUCUAUUGACUGGAAUGCCACAUCCAAUCCCGAUAUCAAAGGAAAUGUUAAAUAUCGUCCAAUAACGCAAUAUCUCGAAGAAAUCGCAGAUAAUUUGUGUAAAUUGCAAUUAUGUAAGAACAACCUCUCAGGAGUGAAUAAAUAUUAUAGAAAGAUUGUAAAUCCAUUCGAAGAUUUAGUUGAAAAAGAAAGAUUUAGACACGAUUUAGUUCACAAAGGCACAACUCACCUUUAUUGCAAGUAA